AAUAUAUCUUUCAUUUCGUCAUCAUGAUCCCAAAACGAAGAAAGAAACAUAUUUUCCAAAAAGAACAAGGAAGCAAGGGAGCGUGUGGAGACAAAGAAACAUAAAGGGAAAAAAGCUAAAGAGAGGAGGAGCACUUAUUCCCUUUUCUCCAUCCAACGUUAAACAACCUUCCAUGGCUCCUCCGCUUCUGCUAUCUGUAUAAAGAAACCUUCCUUCUGCACUCAGAUCAUCACCCACAACAACCCAAAACCACUGACAGAAGAAUUUCAAACUAUUCUCUCAGUCUCUCUCCUCAAUUUUUUCACUGAGAAAAAUAAAAAAACCCAACAACUCCCGCUUAAUUAAUCAGCACACCCACCAAAAGUGCCACCAAUGCUGCUUAGAAAUCCCAUUUCCAACACCAAGAGGUUCUUCCAGAAAACCCUCGGGAACUUGAAGAAUUUCUUCUCUGCAGGAAGCUACGAAAAGCUCCCAAAAUCUCCUCCUGUCUACAACAACCCCUUUCAAUAUGCUACUGCUGUUGACCUCAACAAUCUCCACACCACAAGUUACAAAGACUUGGACAAGCUGUACACUGACUUCACAGACCAAUGGGAUUCCGAAAUUGAAAAGAUGAGGAGAUCAAACAAGAAGAAAGUUAUCUCCACACCCACCAAAUUACAAGACCACCAUCAAGAAGUUCAGAGCCCAACAAGCUUCACCAAGCUCAAUGCUUAUCAUGCAAGUCCUCCUCCUGCAAAGAUCAAUAAAAAUUAUGAGAAAUAUGAUCUUAAAAACAGGACGGUGAUCAAGAACAGAGACGAAAAGACGAAAACUGUUACGAGGGAAUCGAGGGAGCUUCGAGAGGGUUGCUUGGUGGCACAGAAGAUAAAGGAGAUGGAGAUGCUUGACAUGAGCAAUGUGGAUCAUGUUUUGGACAUAGAAGAGGUUCUUCAUUAUUAUUCUAGGCUCACUUGCCCUGCCUAUUUAGAAAUUGUGGACAAGUUUUUCAUGGACGUGUAUGCUGAGUUUUUUGGUCCAGCAGCACCAGCAGCAGCCACACCAGCACGCAGCAUCAAGUCAAGGCUGAGGCCAAGGGCUCUGAUGAUGUCCUAAUUAAAGGAACCAAAAUUGUUAGCAGUAAUUAAAUUCUGAACCUCUCAGUUCUUGUAUUUUACAUUCUAUUUGUUCUCAAGUCAGUUGUGUAUUCUUGUUCUUCAUAGAUUUCUAUCUGUGGUCGGUUGGCAUUUUUGUUUCUGUGUGUGUGACAGCCUCUGUCUAAAUAAUUUCAUUUUUUUUUAAUUAUUAUUCAUUAAUG